CAACAUGGCGUCCGAAACAGUGAUUCACGAUCCUUCGGGAGACAUUGAUUUAACGAUCUACACUGAAGAAGAACGGACUGCCAUAUUGUCAGUAUUAGAGAAGGCAAAGAAUUUUCAGCAGCAGGAAGAGAAUUUAUUCAGGAAACCAAUGGAGGGACAGCUAAGUAAAUGGACCAAUUAUGUGAGAGGAUGGCAGUACAGAUGGUUUACGUUAGAUCCUGAUACUGGGAUGUUGGACUAUUAUAUGGAAAAAGAAAAAAUCAAACAAGGCCCAAGAGGAUCUGUGAACUUAGCAGGAGCUGUUGUCUCACCAAGUGAUGAAGAUUCCUUUACCUUCAGUGUGAAUGCUGUCAAUGGCGAUGUUUUCAAACUUAGAGCAAACAAUCCAAAAGAAAGACAACAUUGGAUCAAUUCCCUUAGAAGUGUAGCACARUAUCAUGACCACAACAUGGCUGAGAUGGACCCAGAAAACGAAGAGACAGUUUUCCCAUUAGAUGAGCAUGUCCUUGUUUUAAAAGCUACGUCUCAGUCAACAUUAAAUUCACUACAUCAUUGCUUCUCAAUCUUACAAAGAAGGGUUCAGGAAGCUCAGAAUAACAUGGCUGAACAAACCUCAAACACACGACCUAAUCUGCAUUCACCGACUACACCAACCAGUCAACUCUCAGACAAACCACAUGACAACAUUAACUGGAUGAUUGACUGGAUUACACCUGACGUAGCUGAGGUUCAGAAUGAGGAAACUUCAACAGCGAUAACUUUACAGCCUCAAGACCAGCAGAAUUCAAGAUACUUGACUGCCGUGUUCAAACACAUCGUGAAUGAAAUAGCUACCACUCGAAAAUCUAAGCCUGCUCUUGCACGGAAUUUGAAUCGCUUUCAACCUCUGAAAGUUCGUUUCAAAACGACGAAAUUAUCUUCAAAUUCGGACAGGAAAUAUAGCGAAACUUCCCCGAAAAGCCCAACAGACCCUAUUCCCAGCCAUCCAAGUCCCGAUAUGAGACAUUUCAGAUCUCACCGUAACCCAGGGACCCCACGGUCACAACGGAACGCUGAGAAGACUGCGACAAAGAAUCCAAACGAKACUGACAUGGAUUGCUGUGACAAAGCUCUUCAGACUUUGGAUGAAUCACUAGUCAACGCGCCAAAAAGUGACGAGGAGCCUGAUAAGCAGGUUUACAGUACAGGAGAGGAGCCUGAGAACCAAAGUGUAGAAGAGCAUAAAAGUGUUGUGUUACAUUUGAUGUCACAGCUGAAACUAGGCAUGGACCUAACCAAGGUGGUUCUUCCUACAUUUAUCUUAGAACCCCGAUCGUUACUCGAGAUGUACGCUGACUUCUUUGCUCACCCAGACCUGUUUAUUAGUAUCCCUGAUGGUCUGACAGCAGAAGAUAGGAUGCUGUCCGUUCUCAAAUUUUUCCUGACGUCUUUCCAUGGUGCGCUAGCCAAGAAGCCGUACAAUCCCAUACUAGGAGAAACAUUUAACUGCUCUUUCGACGUGAGAGAAGAAUGUAGCACGGGGAUAGAGCGGAACCCUCUUAAUGCAGCCAAUGAUGUACCAGCUAACGAAGAUAAUCGAGAGGUUCGGUUUUACGCUGAACAAGUAUCCCACCACCCUCCAGUGUCUUGUUUUUACGCCGAAUGCCCUCACAAGAAAAUAUGUUUYAAUGCCCAUAUAUGGACAAAGUCCAGGUUUUAUGGAAUGUCCAUAGGAGUGAAUAAUAUCGGYGAAGCAAUUAUAUCGUUGUUAGAUAAAGGCGAAGACUAUCAUUUUACGUUUCCUAAUGCUUACUGCAGAUCAAUUUUAACGUUUCCCUGGGUCGAACUUGGAGGGAAAGUUCACAUCACGUGCGYUAAGACGGGCUACAACGCGUCAGUAACCUUCCAUACCAAACCAUUCUAUGGUGGCAAGCUACAUCGUGUUACUGGUGARGUAAAGAAUACCGCUACUGCCAAGGUUAUCUGCAAAGUUAAUGGCGAAUGGAAUGGAAAGAUUGAAUUUUUGUAUACUAGUAACCAGGAAACUCCCUCAGUGAUCGAUACAAAGGCUYUAAAAGUGUACCACAAGAGAGUCCGACCUGUUGCCAAGCAACACGAUUACGAGUCACGCAAGCUUUGGAAACCCGUCACGGACGCCCUUAAAACUAAAAAUAUAAAGACUGCUACUGAAGCAAAGCACAGUUUAGAAGAACGACAAAGACGAGAAGCGAGGGAAAGAUCCGAGUCAGGCGAAGAAUGGAAAACAAAGGUGUUUCAUCGUCAUGGCAACGGGUGGCGUUUCAACAGUCACCUAGCAACCCGAACUCCUACAGAUUCAAACGAAGAGACUGCGUCGUAACGACUGCACACAAACCCGACAGAUAGCCAAGUUAGAAUACCAAAUGUUUGAAYYGCGCCUCUGGAUGGCUUUCCUGASAGCUUAAAUCAAACAUGCAAUGCUUAAAUGCCCCUAUCGCAUAAUGACGUCACRGCAUGUUUAMUGARURGGAAUAAAUUCUCCGAAAAAGCGACAUUUGGACCUCUUGAUAUUCUCUCUUUUAAAUUAUCUAGUUUUGAUAUAUACCGUCUAUCAAUGACUGCUCGUGUACAUUUUCUUUGGUAUGCAGUCAUUCUUCCAAGCCCGYCCCCCUCUCCCUCACCACCAUCCCUCCCCCACUGGCGACCAUGACUCUUAGCGUCGGAACAAUUUAAUGUUUUGAUGUGACGUAGUUAUGCCAUAAGGCAAUUCUCGUCAAAUCAUUGAAGCUCAGGAGGCCAUUUCAGUUAACGGCACCUCUAUGAAACGAAAGGAAGUAGCCAGUUUUAUGAGUCCGUGUCGAGUAUGCAGUAACCCCCAUAAGUCGGACAAAUGAUUGAAUCUAUUGAAAUAAGAGCGUCAUUUAAAAAUCGUAUCCGGAAAUAUCUUAAAAAUAGUCCUUGAAAAUCAAAUGUUUGUUCCUGGCUUGUGCCUAUCGAAUGAAAGUGUCCGUGAAAAGUAGAGAUGUUUUCAAGAAGUUGUAUUAUAUUAAAUGAAGCUAAAUUGAAAAUAAAAUUUAAUGUAACUUUA